AAAAAAAAAAAAAAAAAAAGGAGUUUUGACCCGUAUAAAAAAGAGGAUCGGAGAAGUGAAAAAACCGCCAAAAUCCCCAUUUUCCCAAUUGGGAAUUCAGUCAAUUUCUUUCUUUCUUCAAUAAAUCUUCAGUGUUUUUUAACUGAAUUGUAUUUGAACAAUGGGGCGCAGGAAGUUGGAGAUAAAGCGAAUCGAGAACAAGAGCUCAAGACAAGUAACUUUUACGAAGAGAAGGAAUGGAUUGAUAAAGAAGGCGAAAGAGCUGGCUGUUCUCUGCGAAGUUGAUGUUAAUGUUAUUAUCUUUUCCAGCCGUGGGAAACUCUACCGUUUCUGUAGCAGCAACAGCUUGGCCGAGAUCUUGCGACGUUAUCAUAGCCAUGUUGAAGCUGAACCAAGUGCCUCUGCAGGAGUUUGUGAGACACAGGAAUAUACCUCCAACUAUGCAAGUUUCUUGUCAAGUGAAGAGCUUCUGCAAAUCGUGGAAAGGGAUCUCAGAGAGCCAUAUGUUGAUAACAUCAGUAUAAAUGACCUUGUGCAUUUGGAGGAACAACUCCAGGCUGCACUAAUAACAGCAAGAUCUACAAAGACACAUCUGAUGCUGCAAUCUGUGACCAGUCUUCAUGAAAAGGAAAAGAAGCUGACAGAAGACAAUAGGCUUCUAGAGGAAAAGAUUGCUGGAAACAGGAUAGCCAUGGGAGCACGCGGCCAAAUGGUAUCUGGAGAUAAGCAACAUGCAUUACUUGAUUUGCUCAAAAGUAACUAAAUCUACAGCUGGACGACUGUAAAGGUCAGCCGAAAUUCAAUAAUUGUAUUGAGACAUUUCUAUGUAUUAACAGUUAAUGCAUGGUCUUUGCUGCUUAAAUAUGCUAUAUCUCCUAUCUUCAAUGUUGCAGACAUAAUUAGUCUUUCCUGCUUAGUCAUACGUUAUGUAAUGAAGAACUAUCGAGUGUUUCUGAAAAGCUGCUUGUAUUUUGCAUGUAAAAACUUUGUAGGAGGACAAAAUGCUCGUUCGUAA